UACAGAAAAAAAAAAUAAUACAUUAUUUUACCGUUACAAAUACUCAUUGGCAAAUAAAUUGACAAUAAUAAUUCUUUUAAACGAUGAAAAAACAUUUUGAUAAUAUGAUUGUUUUGUACAAAUUCUGCACACUACACAAGAUUUAAUUUAAAUUUAUUUAUUUAUUAUGGCAUUGUCGAAAACAAAAGCUUCCCAACAAGUCAAAACGACCCAACUUAUUACAAAGGAUGUAUCAUGGUGGAGUGCUUUUAUGUUGCUGACAGUUUUAUCAUUUGGUACACGGUUAUACAAAAUUGAUGAGCCUGAUCACGUAUGCUGGGAUGAAACACAUUUUGGAAAAAUGGGAAGUUGGUACAUUAAUAGGACAUUCUUCUUUGAUGUCCAUCCUCCAUUAGGAAAAAUGUUGAUUGCUUUAUCAGGAGUUUUAACAGGAUAUAAUGGGAGUUUUCCAUUUGAUAAACCCGGAGACAAAUACAAUGGAGUUAAUUACGUUGGAAUGAGAGAGUUUUGCGCCAUAUUAGGUGCUUCAUUAGUACCAUUCACGUUUGUUUCUAUUUGGGAAAUGACACAUUUAUUGAAUGCUGCAAUUUUGUCAUCACUAUUUAUUCUUUUUGAUGUUGGAACUUUGACUUUAACUCAAUACAUUUUACUUGAUCCAAUACUUUUGUUCUUCAUGUUGGCUUCAUUCCUCGGAAUAAGUAAAUUUCGAUCAUGUGAUUCAAACAGGGAGUUUAAUUUUACUUGGUGGUUUUGGCUUAUAUUUACUGGUAUCACGAUGGCUUGUUGUAUAAGUGUUAAGUUUGUUGGUUUAUUUCAAGUUAUUUUCAUUGGAUUAAUGACUAUUUCUGAUCUGUGGACCAUACUAGGAAAAUUAUCAAAACCCAUAACUUACACAAUGAAACAUUUUGUAGCAAGAUUUAUAUGUCUUAUCAUUGUGCCAAUAUCGGUUUAUGUUGGAUUUUUUUACAUUCAUUUAAUGGUUCUUAAUAAAAGUGGAAAUGGUGAUGGAUUUUAUAGUUCUGCAUUCCAGUCAAAAUUAGAAGGAAAUUCAUUACACAAUGCCAGUAUGCCAAAAGAAGUAGCAUUUGGAUCAAUUAUAACAUUAAAAAAUCAUAGAACUGGUGGUGGAUAUUUACAUUCUCAUUGGCAUCUUUAUCCAGAGAAUGUUGGUGCUAAACAACAACAGAUAACAACAUAUGCACAUAAAGAUGAAAAUAAUCGUUGGCUUGUAAAAUUCUACAAUGAUGAUGAAAAUAAAAACAGCAGUACUAAUAUAAGGUUUGUUAAACAUGGAGAUAUGAUUAGACUGGAACAUGUGCCCACUAGACGAAAUCUACAUUCACACCGUGAGCCUGCUCCCAUUACAAAAAAACAUUAUCAAGUUACUGGCUAUGGUGAGAAUGGUACAGGUGAUUAUAAUGAUGUAUGGAAGAUAUUUAUCGAUGGUGGUUCCGAUGGCUCUAUAGUAUCUGCUGUUAUUAGUAAAAUUAAAUUAGUUCACGUUCUUCAACAUUGUGUACUUACUACAACCAACAAACAGUUACCCAAAUGGGCAUUUGAACAACACGAAGUCACAUGUAGUCCAAAUUUAAGAGACACAAAUUCAUUUUGGAAUGUUGAAGACCACAUAAAUUCUAAACUUCAAAAUGUGAGUUUUGAACUGUAUUCACCCAGUUUUCUAGCUAGAUUUCUAGAAUCUCAUGCUGUCAUGUUCCAAGGAAAUUCCGGCCUUAAACCGAAAGAAGGAGAAGUUACAUCCAGACCCUGGCAGUGGCCUGUAAACUACAAGGGACAAUUUUUUUCUGGAAAUAACUACAAAAUAUAUUUGCUAGGAAAUCCUUUUAUUUGGUGGACAAACAUAGUAAUUAUGAUAUUGUAUAACGUGUUAUCAAUUUCAAAGGCCAUCAUUGACAAACGAAGGGGAAGAUAUGAAAAAAAUGAGUCUGAUAAUAAGUUAUGGGCAACCUGUAAUUGGCUUUUUGUUAGCUGGUGUUUACAUUACAUUCCAUUUUAUGCUAUGGGAAGAGUACUGUACUUUCACCACUAUUUUUCAGCGUUUUUAUACAGCUCAAUGUUAACAGGUGUCAGUCUUAGUUAUUUAUUGGAAAUUAUUAAGUCACCCAAACCAUCAUUUUUACGAAAAACAAUGUAUGAUGUUCUUAAUGGAAUAAUAUACUCGUCAGUCGUUUAUAGUUUUUAUCUCUUUUCUCCUCUUGCUUAUGGCAUGUCCGGAACACCUGCUAUAGAACAAAACAGUACUAUGUAUGGACUACGAUGGUUAGACUCGUGGGAAUUUUAAAUUGUUUUUUAAAAUUAUUUUUAUAAAAAGAAACUGUUCAAAUUUUGUAUUAGAGUUUAUUUUUUUUAUAACCGUUUUAUAAUUUUUGUAUCAAUUUACAUAACGUGCAUUAUAUAUUUUAAAUUAUAUACUGUGUUAUGGUAAAACAAUUUAUUAAAUAUUUUUUAUAAUUU